ACCAGGCGGCAGCCCUCAGAAAGUGGGAAGUUUUCGCCAUUCUGACAGAAAAAAUAAUCACCUUCAUGUCGACUCUGUUGGAUACUAACCCGCCGAUGCUAUGGUUACCUUUAUUACGAUCUUACAGGUGAAUCUAGUGAUGUCCAUCCUGCUGUAUGUGAUGGUCCUCGUGUACCUCUAUGGUAUCCAGGCGACCAACAUGGAUAGCGGUCACCAAGGGCAACAAAAGCAGCCGAGUCCCGACACCUUAAACUCACUCAUCAUCCAGCUGCUUCAGGCUGACCUGACGAGGGGGAAGACCAGGGGGAACCAGAGCCAACAGGGGAAAAGCAGGGACACGGAACCCCGGGAAGAGCUGCCUCCUCUCCUCAGUGCAAACUUUCCUCUAGAGGACCAGGGUGAUGUGGAGAAGUGGGGGACAUGGAGUCGCAGUGGUGGGAGCAGUGAAGGCACGGUGGACCAGCAGGUGAUGCUGUUACACUCGGACCUACUCAGGCAGCACAAGCGGUACAACUCACCCCGGGUGCUGCUGAGCGACCGGCCGCCACUUCAGCCGCCGCCGCUGUACCUCGCCGACGACUUUGUCAGCAGCGGACCAGAGGGCGGGGCGGUGGGAAACAAGACACGCAAGAAGCGCUAUGCUGAGCACAAAAGCUACCGUGGGGAAUAUUCUGUGUGUGACAGCGAGAGCCAAUGGGUUACGGAUAAAACCCAAGCAGUGGACACCAAGGGAGACCGGGUAACUGUUCUGGCUAAAAUCAAAACCAGUCCCACGCAAGACAUUAAGCAGUUCUUUUAUGAGACGCGUUGUCGGACCCCCAGGCCCUUCAAGGGCGGCUGCAGGGGCAUCGACGACAAGAACUGGAACUCGCAGUGUAAGACGACGCAGACAUAUGUCCGGGCGCUAACACAGAUUAAAAAUUCAGUGGGCUGGAGGUGGAUACGCAUAGACACUUCCUGUGUCUGCGCAUUGUCAAGGAAACGUCGGCGGACGUAAACAAAACAACACAAACUCGCCAGUGGACUACCUGUUUGGAAUUUUGCUGCCUAGAAAGGACUUUGGUUCAAUGCUCGCCACCACAGGAUUAUGUGUUGGGCUGGUGAGCAACAUUCUGCUAUAAAGUGAGACUUCAACAGAAGAAACCUUGGGUCCGUUUAAAUGAUAUUUCACUUUUAUGUGCUGCAAAUCCACAAACCUGUGCAGCGCCGCUGUUGACUCGUUUCGGAGGGGUAGGGAAGGAAGGCGCGAGUGUGUGGGGGAGAACUGUACAUAUAAAUUAUUUAAGUUAUAUGAAAUGCAUGUAGUUUAUACAU